AUGCCUCCCCAGCCUAGCAACCCUCACAUUCAAUUCCCGUGCCCGAGCUGCACCAGCGUGUACGGUGCACAGAGCACCCUCGCCGGGCACAUACUCGCGGCGCACGGUGGGCAUCGUUGGUCGUGCAAUGCCUGUAGUCCGCCGAAGCACUUCGCCGACAGGUCCAACUGGCAGAGACAUCGGAGGAGUCACGGCCAGAACAGAUUUACCUGUCAUCUGUGCGGACACAGUGACAGACGUAUUGACAACUUCAAGCGGCAUCUGGCGACGAAACAUUUUGUCGCACCAAACCAGAUCGCCCAUUUUGUUCAGCGGGCUAGGUUGCCAAGGGCUGCUACUGCGGCGGCGCCUGCCCAAGCAGCAGUUCUCCCUCCCGUUCCUGCCCCUGUCUCGCCCUCGCUGCCGGUAGUCCCACCUGUUGCGGCAGAUGUGCCUCCUGCCCGGCAGCAAGAAGACCUGUUGGGGGACUUUUUGGCGUCCUCAGCCAUUGCCAUUCCUACAUAUGGCACGGGCGCCGACCAAGCCCAACAGGGGUUUUUUGAUCCUCUCUCUUUAGAGAUGGGCGCCUGGUCUGGCGACUUCAACCUCGAGUUCCCUGUAAGGGAGGUCGCCGACUGGUUACCCAGCGGCGAGGACAUCCCACAGGAGUAUUCCUUCGGGGAUAACUCAUUUGAAGCCCCCUAUACUCCAUUCAGGAGCACCGCCGCCCUCAACAGCCCGUUCACGGCUGCCGGACAUGAUGUUUACUUAACAUCAUCGGCGGAGGGGUCUUCAGAUGGGGAUUGGAGUUUCGCUGGCCUGCUGACCGGAAAUCGACAAUUUUGA